AUGAUUUGUGUAUUCAUUGUCACCCUUAAUAUUGCGGCUACGUUUUAUGAUUUGCAAUUCCCGAAUAAACCACGACAUAAAGGUGUAGAUAUGUUUUUGGCUUUUUCAAUACCGCGCAAUUGGUCUAGGUUGACCAAAAGUGGCAACAGAUCCGAGCCAACUGUGGAAAGAUUGAAAGGUUUUGAUGGAUUGAGAUCCAUGAUGAUGAUAUUUUUAAUAGCAGCACAUUGCCUUUUGCCUUUGACGAUAUCCGCUAGCAACACCCGAUAUAUUGAAGAGGUAAGUACAUGUAACGACGCGUAUGGAGCGUAUAUG